ACACACACACACGCACACACACACAGUGACACAAAUGCACGCACACACACAUAGGGAAGCAGAGGGAUUACAAAGGCACAGAGACCCAUAUGCUGCCCAGGGAUGGAGACGAGGAAACUAAAUACAAGGAGAACACAAGAUAGUUAUGACCAAGGGAGCAGUGUUGAAAAGGACGCUCCAGCAGAACCACAAGGCAGCAGCUCGGGUCGUCCUCUCUCUGCUGUAGUUCGUCUCUAUGUGUAUGCACUGCACGGCUGCCUAUGUGAGGUGGCCUUCACUGCAGUGUGGGACUGGUGCAGUACCCAAGACAGGAGGCUGGAAGGUCACAGCAGCCUGUGGGCGCUGCCCAUGUACGCCACCGCAAUCUACCUCAUGGAGAGCCUAAGAGCGUGGCUGCUGGCCCAGCAUCAGCCGCUGCCUGUCCGUCUGACAGCCUACACCUUGUUCAUUUACCUAUGGGAAUUCAGCUGGGGGGCAGGGCUGAUGCUGCUGCAGGCCUGUCCCUGGGACUAUUCAGGUUAUAGGUACAACCUGGGAGGAUUGGUGACUCUGGAGUACGCAGUACCCUGGACUGUGGCAGCACUUAUAGCAGAGCAGCAUGUGAUCAGGAACACUCUGAGGAUAAGACUGCACAAUUGAACUGAUAUCAAUCUGGAAUAAUGUGCUUCCAAAAAACAGCCACAAAAUAUCUACGGACAAUGUUUAGGAUACCACACUACUGUGAGUGUUUGACAUUUUAAUAAUAAAAAGUUGGUUCAUA